GGCCCGGGCCAUGGCGAUAGACCGGCGGCGCGACACGGCGGGCGGCGGGUCCGGCCGGCAGCCGCCCCCGGCCGAGGAGAACGGCUCCCUGCCGCCCGGGGACGCGGCGGCCUCGGCGCCCCUCGGGGGACGCGCGGGCCCCGGCAGCAGCGUGGAGAUCCAGCCGCUGCCCCCGCCGCACCCCGCCGGCGGCAGCGCGCACUCGAGCUGCUGCUCGGCGGCGGCGGCCCCGAGCCUCCUGUUGCUGGACUACGACGGGUCGGUGCUGCCCUUCCUUGGGGGCCUGGGCGGGAGCUACCAGAAGACCCUCGUGCUGCUCACCUGGAUCCCCGCGCUGUUCAUCGGCUUCAGCCAGUUCUCGGAUUCCUUCCUUCUGGACCAGCCCAACUUCUGGUGUCGUGGGGCCGGCAAAGGCGCCGAGGUGGCGGGGGCUACUGUCACCGGCCGGUGGGGUGACAUGAGCAAUUGGACCAGCCCCCCGACCACCCCCUUCUUCACUGCCGCCUGGGGGGCCGCGGGCAACCGGAGCAACAGCAGCGGUCCGGACGGAGGGGACACGCCGCCUCUCCCGUCGCCUCCGGACAAGGGGGACAACGCUUCUAACUGCGACUGCCACGCGUGGGACUAUGGCAUCCGCACCGGCCUUGUCCAGAACGUGGUCAGCAAGUGGGAUCUUGUGUGUGAUAAUGCCUGGAAGGUCCAUAUCGCUAAGUUCUCCUUACUGGUUGGAUUAAUCUUUGGCUACCUAAUAACUGGAUGCAUUGCUGACUGGGUUGGCCGGCGGCCUGUGCUGCUGUUUUCCAUCAUCUUCAUUCUGAUCUUUGGACUGACUGUAGCACUCUCAGUGAAUGUGACGAUGUUCAGCACACUCAGGUUCUUUGAAGGAUUUUGCUUGGCUGGAAUAAUUCUCACCUUGUACGCAUUACGGAUAGAGCUGUGCCCACCUGGAAAACGGUUCAUGAUCACAAUGGUGGCAAGCUUCGUGGCUAUGGCAGGCCAAUUCCUCAUGCCCGGGCUGGCUGCCCUGUGCCGGGACUGGCAAGUGCUGCAGGCCCUGAUCAUCUGCCCCUUCCUGCUCAUGCUGCUGUACUGGUCGAUAUUUCCUGAGUCCCUCCGGUGGCUGAUGGCUACCCAGCAGUUCGAGUCUGCAAAGAAGUUGAUCCUGCACUUCACACAGAAGAACUGUAUGAGCCCCGAGAGCGAUAUCAAGGGUGUGAUGCCAGAGCUGGAGAAGGAGCUUUCCCGAAGGCCCAAGAAAGUGUGCAUCGUGAAGGUGGUAGGAACCCGAAACCUGUGGAAGAACAUCGUGGUCCUGUGUGUAAACUCGCUGACAGGGUACGGCAUUCACCACUGCUUUGCAAGGAGCAUGAUGGGCCACGAGGUGAAGGUACCACUCCUAGAGAACUUCUAUGCCGACUACUACACCAUGGCCAGCAUCGCGCUGGCCUCCUGCCUGGCCAUGUGCGUGGUGGUCAGGUUCCUUGGGCGCAGGGGAGGGCUACUGCUCUUCAUGAUCCUCACUGCCCUGGCCUCGCUCCUGCAGCUCGGGCUCCUCAACCUGAUCGGAAAAUACAGCCAGCAUCCAGACUCAGGGAUGAGUGACAGCGUCAAGGACAAGUUCUCCAUUGCAUUUUCUAUCGUGGGCAUGUUUGCAUCCCACGCAGUGGGCAGCCUCAGCGUGUUCUUCUGUGCAGAGAUCACCCCCACAGUGAUAAGGUGUGGUGGGCUGGGGCUGGUGCUGGCCAGCGCAGGCUUUGGCAUGCUGACAGCACCCAUCAUCGAGCUGCACAACCAGAAAGGCUACUUCUUACACCACAUCAUCUUUGCCUGCUGUACACUCAUCUGCAUUAUCUGCAUCCUGCUGCUGCCGGAAAGCAGGGACCAGAACCUGCCUGAGAACAUCUUCAAUGGGGAGCACUACACGAGGCAGCCGCUGCUGCCCCACAAGAAGGGAGAGCAGCCGCUCCUGCUUACCAAUGCUGAGCUCAAGGACUACUCAGGCCUGCACGACACAGCUGCUACAGGUGAUGGGCUGCCUGAGGGUGCCACAGCCAAUGGCAUGAAGUCCAUGUAGCUGGCCAAGACCCGCUGCCAUCCUGCAAGUCCCCUGGGACUCAAAAGGCUGGAGGGAGUUUGGACACAGAUUUAGAGACCAGGGAGAAGAACCAUGGCAAGAAGAAGAAAGUCCAACUCUGCUGCUGACACCAUCCAAUUGUGAGACUUUCAAGUGGUGUGGGGAAAUUCUAUCUUUCCAAAUGUCCAAGGAGUGGGAUUAAGGAAACAGACUCUAGAAAUAAUUCUUCAAGACUUUCUUUUCUGCCAUUGAAUGUUGGUAUUUAUUUUGGUCAUUUUUACAAGAAGCACUUUAUUCCCUUCCUUCUCACUGAUCAUGAGAUGGAACAGCCUUCAGGAGUGAGGCAGGGUCACUGGGGAAGACCCCAGGAGUGACCAACACAGCAGCCAGCCUCCUCGCUGGAGGUCCUUACAGCUCCACACCCUCCAGCUGCACCGCCAAUGCUCACUGGGCAGGCCUGGAGCCGCCACGUAGGCCACCCACCUUAGACAGUCAACACUCUUGGGGAACAUUCUGGGGACUACAUUUGAGACAGUGAAGUGUACACAGUUAGUGUUUUGCUAAUCUGUAUGUUGUAAAGUCCCUUUUUUUCCCAUUUUUGUUUGUAGGGUAGUUUCCAUCCAUGUUAGGGGAAACAGCUCUUGGAUAUCAUCAAAACCAGCUUAGCCCUCAUUCCUUCUGGAUCAUCCCUUGUACUUGAUGCUUUACCAGAAAUCUAAAAUGAUCAGCGAUAAUAUUCACCAGUUUUCUGACACCGGGUUUGCUUAGUUUAAAAAAAUAUUCAAGUAGCAAAUGUGUUGGGGUCUGAGACAUUCAUUUUUAUUAAAACUUCUUCCCAGAUUUGGCUCCAACAGAGAAAUUCCCUCCUCCGAUCACUUUGUUGCCAGCACUACUUGAAAAUGUGGCUCCUGUGUGAACUUUAAUAACAGGAAAAUAAUUGAGAAAGAUGACUGAGGCAAAUCCCAGGAGGAAGCCUUGCCCUCCCACAUGUGGCUGUCACCCACAUCUGGAACACAUACCACAGAGAGCACCAGCUCAGAUGGCUGGCAUUCUCCCGGGAUCCCAGAGCCACAGCACUGCAGGAAACCAUCCUCUCAUGUCUUCCUCUUCACUUCCACCUGUCACUCACUCAGCACAGAGGGGCCUAGGACAGGAGUGCAGAUUGUUCACAGUCCAGUCCACAUGGUCUCUAGCCUCUUGAAAGAAGCAAGAAGUGAGAAAGCAAUAACUCACCAAAGCUCAACUCCCAUGCUGCCCUCUCCCAGGGUUCUGAUUAUGUUCCUCAUUUUGCCCCAGGCAGUGGAACACCUGGGGCUGCUAAGAAACCAGCUUUCUCCACACAGACAGGCACUGCUUUGUAGCAACUCAGGCUCCUGCUUUUCUGGACAGGUUGGCUUACUAGAACCAUCAGUCUUGCCCCUCUGAUGCAUCUCUGCCAUGGACUGUGUUCAGCCAGGGAAAUCAGUCUUGGGCCUGUGUAGCCAAUUAGAUGACUUCAAAUGAGUUGCUAGAAUUCAAAGGGCCAGAAAGGGGUUGAGUUUCUCCCCCUCCAGCUCUCCACCUGGUCUGUUUCUUCCUGUUUCACCCACCUCUUCUCCACAUCUGGUACACACAUCAGCAGGAACCCGCGGCCUUGAUAAAGACCUUCUGGGGCCAGUAAUCAGACGUGCAGUCCUGUAUUUGCAGCAGCUGGGCCUUUGCCAACUCAUCAUCUGAUGCCUGUGGUCUGACAGUCUUGCUCCAGGACAGAUGACAGGGGAUGGAGGCUGUCUGGCCAGCCUUCCCCAAACCUGCUCCAAAUCCAGCUCUUCUUCACCCACCCUGGUCUUUUUUCUUAAGCCAUCUUGUUCUGUGUGUCCAUUCAGUCUGCAUUCACCUCUUACAAAGGCCUUUCUUUAGAUCUGUGCAAGCCUUUGCGUGCCAAACUUGUCAAAUACCUUUUACCUUUUUUUAGGGUACUUGCUACCAAGUCGUCUGGCAGCAAACCCAGCUAAAUAUAGGACAGAACAUAUACAGAAGUUGUGAGCAAUCUCACACUGGUCGUUCAGUGCUUUAUAAAGCAAUGUAUGGAAGCUACAGAAUGCUGCCGAAAUCACAAGAAUGUGGUGUCAAGGUAUAGCACUUCUAAACUUUUCCACCUCAAGUGACAAUG